AUGGACAGUCCCGCUGCUGCCAACGUAUUCGGCACCCUUGGGGCAGUGCUUUGGUCGCUUCAGCUCUUACCUCAAAUUUGGAAGAACUGGCGGCGGCACGACACCCAGUCCCUUUCGUCGACGUUUUUCCUCUCAUGGGCUGUCGCUGGGGUCCCCCUCGGCGUGUACAACAUCGCCGACGAUUUUAAUAUUGCUCUCCAGAUACAGCCCAAUAUCUUGAUCUUCCUCAGUCUUUGGACCUGGUUUCAGUGCAAAUAUUAUGCCAUUGUUCUGGCCGGUGCCGAGGUUGGCCUUGUUUACGCACUCAGAUUGGCACGCGAACGCGGGCACACUUGGCCAUCAAUUCUCAUGGCUAUUGUAGCUGCGAUACUUCUUGCUGGUGGUGUACUCCGACAUUACCUUCAGAUGUUGAAGACUCGAUCGGACGCGGGCUUGUCACUCAAGUUCGCUACAUUGGAUCUGAGCGGGGAUGUUGCAUCGCUUCUCUCUGUGCUAUUUCAGAAGACACUCAAAAUCUAUGGAAUCGUUAUAUAUGGAUCAGAGUUGGCGAUAUGGGUCGGGUUGAUAGGCCUAGCUAUCCAUUAUCGCCGUGUCCGCAAUGCCGAAUCUAGCAAAGGACCAGUGACGGACAUGGUGGUAUCAGGCAGAGAGGAGAACCAGGCAUCAGGCCGCGACGAGGAGAAUCAGGCUUUCUAG